GUAAGCGGAGCGGGCCGGGGCGGCGGCGGCCAUUUUGUGCCGGGAGCGCGGAGGAAGAAGACGCUUGUGUCUCCACACCGCCCGGGCCCUGGAGCCGACCGAGAGCCCCGCCGUCCCGGCCGCUGAAGCCCAGCGGGUCUCGGACCCACUGACCACCUCUUCUCCUUUUGUGUCCCACCAAAGAGGCGAGGUGGCGCAAAGCGAGUCCUCCGAGGCGCAGCCGCCCCUGGCUGGACCCUCUCCCCGUACCCCCAGCCCCUCGCCGUCCCCACGGCCGGCGUUCCGCUGCCUCUCGCCCACCCCUCCGGGGGCGAUGAGAGGCUUCGGGGACCGGGGCCGCGACCGAGACCGCGGCGGGUUUGGAGCAAGUCGCGGAGGUCCUCUUCCUCCAAAGAAAUUUGGGAACCCAGGAGAACGCUUGCGUAAGAAAAAAUGGGAUUUGAAUGAACUGCCCAAGUUUGAAAAGAAUUUUUAUGUGGAACACCCGGAAGUGGCCAGGCUUACCCCAUAUGAAGUUGAAGAAUUGCGAAGGAAGAAAGAGAUAACAAUUCGAGGAAUGGAGGGCUGCCCCAAACCAGUGUUUGCCUUCCACCAGUGCAGCUUUCCCCAAUAUGUGAUGGAUGCCUUGAUGGACCAGAACUUCACAGAACCCACUCCAAUUCAGUGCCAAGGCUUUCCACUCGCCCUCAGCGGUCGUGAUAUGGUGGGCAUUGCGCAGACUGGCUCUGGGAAGACUCUGGCAUACUUGCUGCCUGCAAUUGUUCACAUCAACCAUCAGCCAUAUUUGGAGAGAGGGGAUGGCCCAAUCUGUCUCGUUCUAGCACCUACUAGAGAGUUGGCCCAGCAAGUGCAGCAGGUGGCUGAUGAUUAUGGCAAGUGUUCAAGACUGAAGAGUACUUGCAUAUACGGAGGAGCACCCAAAGGUCCCCAGAUCAGAGAUCUAGAAAGAGGUGUGGAGAUCUGCAUUGCUACACCAGGUCGCCUGAUUGACUUCCUUGAGGCUGGAAAGACCAACCUUCGUCGGUGUACAUACUUGGUGUUGGAUGAAGCAGACAGAAUGUUGGACAUGGGGUUUGAGCCCCAAAUUCGUAAAAUUGUUGACCAGAUCAGGCCUGACCGACAGACUCUGAUGUGGAGUGCCACCUGGCCAAAAGAAGUGCGCCAGCUUGCUGAGGACUUCCUGCAGGACUAUGUUCAGAUCAAUGUGGGAAACUUGGAGCUGAGUGCCAACCACAAUAUCCUGCAGAUAGUGGAUGUAUGCAUGGAAAGUGAGAAAGACCAUAAACUGAUACAACUGAUGGAAGAAAUCAUGGCAGAGAAGGAAAACAAGACUAUCAUCUUUGUGGAGACGAAGAGGCGAUGUGAUGAUCUCACUCGAAGGAUGCGCAGAGAUGGUUGGCCAGCUAUGUGUAUCCAUGGAGACAAGAGUCAACCAGAAAGAGAUUGGGUGCUUAAUGAGUUUCGUUCUGGAAAGGCUCCUAUCCUCAUUGCUACCGACGUUGCAUCUCGUGGGCUAGAUGUGGAAGAUGUUAAAUUUGUGAUAAACUACGACUAUCCGAACAGCUCCGAAGAUUACGUGCACCGUAUUGGCCGUACCGCACGUAGUACCAACAAAGGUACUGCCUACACCUUCUUCACACCAGGAAACCUGAAACAAGCCAGGGAGCUUAUCAAAGUGUUGGAAGAAGCUAAUCAAGCCAUCAAUCCAAAGCUGAUGCAGCUUGUGGACCACAGAGGAGGAGGAGGUGGUGGUGGAGGAGGUCGUUCUCGUUACCGAACGAGCAGUUCAGUAAACAACCCUAACCUGAUGUACCAGGAAGAGUGUGACAGGAGGCUCCGGGGAGUGAAAGAGGGCCGGAGAGACUCAGGUGGCUUCAGAGACCGUGAGCGUGCUGACAGUUACGCCAACGGAGCCAACAAGACCUAUGGCAGUGCCUACGGGAGCCCAAAUUCUGCUUUUGGGGCAGCACAGAGCCAGUAUGGUUACACUCAAGGGAGCUAUGGAGCAGCUGCCUAUGGCACGAGUGGCUAUGGCACUGCAGAGUACAGUGCUAGUGGCUAUGGUGCCAGCACCACAGCUGCCACCGCUGGGAGAACCUCACAGAGCACUACCCAACAGCAGUAUGCAGGGAUGGUGGGGCGCUCAGGCCAGCAGCCACAGCCGCUCAUGUCACAACAGUUUCCGCAGCCCCCUGCCACUAACGUGAUGGGCUAUAUGGGACAGACUGCCACCUACCAGUACCCACCCCCUCCCCCACCCCCGCCCCCCUCCCGCAAAUGAGACCACUUGGUGACCAGUGUAGGCCUCUUGCAUUUAAAGGAACCUUUUCUUUCUCUUCUUUCCCAUUGUGAUGUCUCUCAUGCAGGUUAGACUUAGAAUUCACCAUUCAAAUCCCUUGAGCCCAUCAAAAAUGGCCCCCAGUCCACAUUAAUGACCCUGUCCUCUUUGGGGUUUUUUUUCCUUUUUUUUUUUUUUUUUUAAGAGAUAUAUAUAGUUGACUGGAAAAUUUAUUAUUUUUAUCUUGCAUGUUGAUGCAUUUGGAAAUUUUAUUUUCUCUAGAGGAAAUGGGUAUAAGGCAGAUAGGUCCCAGCUCGAUCAUCUUGGUGUCUAAGGUUUGUGUGAAAACUUGCUUUUGAGAGGAAGAAGUUUCUCUUCUGUAACACAUAAUUUCAGGAAGUAUCAAGAGAGGUGGGAAACUUUGGGGAGCCAAAAAGCACUUCAUUUAAAAUAUAAAUGCAAGGGAGCAAUGCUCACGUCUCCUAAUCUUAUUUUUUUUAAGUAGCUCACUAUUAUUGCUUGUAAUCUUAUCGUAGAUGAUUUUCUAUAGGAAAACUCUGCUCAUUUGUCUGAGCUGGCAGUGUUCAGAGUAAUGCCUUUGCUGUUGGCAUUUUCUGCAGCUCUGGAAGCCCCAUCUUCUCAUACCUGUAGCAGCCAGCAGUAGGGAGGUUGGAAUUAAAAAUCCAGUGUCUGAGACCAAACCUGCCUUGGAUUUGAUACCUGAAAACCUGAUAGUUGCUGUGGGUACCACUGCUAAAAUAGUCAAGUAAGUUCUUUCGUGCGGAGCCUGGUUAUUGUUAAAUUAGUUUCUGCUCUUAAAUUCCUGGUUUUGGGUUUAUUGAGAGAAGUCUUACUUGAGAGCCUGGAAACUAAACAAAUGAUGAACAACAGAUCUUGUUCAUCUGUCCUUCACUCCCUCCCUUUUGCAGUGGGGAAUGUUCUGAAUGCCACUACGCUCAACAAAAUGUGACAGAGUUUUCCGCACUUGAAUUUAAGAGGCUUGAAUAGAGUGGGCUGGGUGGGAGGGCAAGGUGGGGAGGAAGAGAGGAGGAGGAGAUUGACUGGGAUCUCCUUUCCAUGAGGUAAGCAGUGAGCUGGUUAGUGCAUCUUGAUUCUGAAGCUUUAUUUCUUUUGUACCUUGCUCUGACUAUUGCUUUCUUUGGCUUUUGAGUGCAUUUCCCUGCUCCGUUGGUCCCUUUGAGCUGAGCUCUUGCAGGUAGGUAGUAUUUUAGAAAAUGUUAGAGAAGAGUGAAAUUUUAGUAAAUACGUAAAUAAAACUUGUUUAUUUUACAGGAUAAGGUGGGUGUGAGGGGGCUUCCCCUCUUUAGUAAAGCAUGUUGUUGACUUGUUAUUUCUAAUACCAGACGGUUCAGAGACAGUAGAUGAUCACAGGAGUUGGCUGCUCUUGAUCUGAUAAUAUGACAAAAGAAUGGAUACAUCUCCUGGUUUGAGGCAUGCUUGUUGCAUUAUGAGAGUGCAGGGGGUUGUGGGUUUUUUCUGUUGGCGUUCUUGCAUAUGGGUGAACAAGGCAGCCCA